UCGGUAUGAUUUACAUGUUCAUCGCCUUGGCUCUGGUCUGCGAUGAGUUUUUCGUCCCCUCCCUGACCGUCAUCAUCGAAAAACUGAGGAUUUCCGACGACGUGGCCGGGGCGACCUUCAUGGCAGCGGGAGGCUCGGCUCCGGAGCUCUUCACCUCGUUGAUAGGAGUGUUUAUAUCCCACAGUAACGUCGGGAUCGGGACCAUCGUGGGCUCCGCCGUGUUCAACAUCCUCUUUGUCAUCGGGAUGUGCGCCGUCUUCUCCAGGGAAAUCCUGUGCCUCACCUGGUGGCCCCUGUUCAGAGACGUGUCGUUUUAUAUCCUCGACCUGAUUUUGCUUAUAAUUUUCUUCUUGGAUAAUGUCAUCGUUUGGUGGGAGAGUUUAAUUCUGUUGAGCUGCUACUUCUCCUAUGUGACCUUCAUGAAGUUCAACGUCGGCAUGGAAUCGUGGGUGAAGGGGAAAUUAAACCGCAACAAAGUCGUGGAGGCCACAGCAACAGACGGCGAAGAAAAGGCAAGUAAUCGUGAGGAAACCAGUAUUGAGCAGAAGGAUCCUAACAUGCUCACGCCUAAGCCACGCCUCCAGCGGGGUGGCAGCUCGGCAUCUCUGCACAACAGCCUGAUGAGGAACAGUAUCUUCCAGCUAAUGAUCAACACACUGGACCCACUCGCUGAAGAACUUGGAGCAUAUGGAAAACUAAAAUAUUAUGACUCAAUGACUGAGGAAGGAAAAUUCCGCGAGAGAGCAUCGAUCCUUCACAAAAUGGCCAAAAAGAAAUGUCAGUUAGUGGACUGUGAAAAACCCAAUGGAACUGCAAAUCACACAGACAAAGUGGACGUGCCCAAUACAGCCAAUGUAGAAGUUGAAGUGACACCUCCAAAGGAUCCUCCUGCAAUACAGAAUGGAGGCAUGGGACAUGGAGAAGAAGCUGCAGUGGGACAGGCGGAUGUCCACCCUCCGUGUGAUGAAGAUCGACCACUUAGCUUGGCGUGGCCUGAUACAAAUCGCAAGAGACUCGCCUAUCUGUUUGUCCUUCCCCUUAUCGUUCCAAUGUGGCUCACCCUGCCUGAUGUCAGAAAACCAAAAUUGCAAAAGUUUUUUCCAGUUACCUUCUUUGGCUCAAUCUCGUGGAUUGCAGUUUUUUCCUACCUCAUGGUCUGGUUGGCCCACCAGGUUGGAGAGACAAUUGGGAUCACUGAGGAGAUCAUGGGAUUGACAAUUUUAGCCGCAGGUACAUCUAUACCUGACCUCAUCACAAGUGUCAUUGUAGCACGCAAGGGACUUGGCGAUAUGGCAGUGUCGAGCUCAGUGGGAAGCAAUAUAUUUGACAUUACAGUUGGCCUGCCACUCCCAUGGCUCCUGUUUUCCCUCACACACAAUUUUACCAAAAUCCAGGUUAGCAGCAACGGCCUGUUCUGCGCUAUCGUCCUCCUGUUCAUCAUGCUUCUCUUCGUCAUCCUCUCGAUCGGGGCCUGCAGAUGGAAAAUGAACAAAAUCCUUGGACUGAUCAUGUUUGUCUUGUACAUUGUGUUUCUGAUCACCAGUGUUCUGUUGGAACAGAAGAUCAUAGAAUGCCCAGUGUCAAUCUGA